AUGGCCCCCGUCAGGCGUCCCAAUGACGAUAUCGAAACUAGUUCGCCUCUAAAGACUGCCCUUACAGAUGAUCCAAAUGACUACAGACUCUCAAUUCUUGUUGUCGGAAGAGAGAGAUCCCAGCGGCGGCAUAUCAAAGCAGAAGCCGAUGUUACAUACCUAACAAGACCAUACCCUCCUGGUGAUGAUGACAUUGGGUUUCCUAGUGCUCAAAGCCCUGACAACGAAUUGAAAGAUACCAAGAAGGAGGGCAGCCCCGAACAGACUGGCACAAGCUCCGAUACCUACAUCGACGAAAAUACCAGGCAGUCCGAAGGCCACCCUGUGUGGAAUCGCACGGCAAUCACCAAGGAAGAGAGGCAUGGUUUGAAGAAAACCCAUGCAAUUCUCAAUUCGUGGAUCAACGUCCUCCUAAUCUGCUCGCCGGUGGGGAUCGCUGUCUCCUACGCACACGUCAAUCCAGUCGCAGUCUUCGUCAUCAAUUUCAUCGCGAUCAUUCCUUUGGCAGCGGUACUGAGUUACGUCACUGAAGAAAUUGCGCUUCGUGUUGGCGAAGUAUUUAGUGGCUUGCUCAAUGCAUCUUUCGGUAAUGCCGUUGAGUUGGUUGUAUCGAUCAUUGCUCUGGCUAAGGACCAGGUCUUGAUAGUCCAAACUUCUCUCAUUGGCAGUAUGCUUUCCAACCUGCUUUUGGUUAUGGGAAUGUGUUUCUUCUUUGGUGACUUCAACCGUAUCGAACAGGCAUUCAACUUGACGGUCGCGCAGACUGCGUCCAGCCUGUUAUUCCUAGCCGUGAGCAGCCUAAUCAUCCCCACAGCCUUUGAAAAAUGGGCGAGAACAUCGAACGGCACUACAGGAAAACAAAUGGCAACCACGGAAAAUCUCAAACCCUGCGUGGCAGCCGUUAGCAGAGGCACUGUUGUUCUCUUGCUCAUUGUGUACGCUUGCUACCUCUUUUGCCAGCUAAAGAGUCACGCCGAAAUAUACAAUACGCCGGGUGAAAAGAACAAGAAACGAGCUGUGGGUGCCAAAUUCAAGAACGCCGUCCUUCCUGAGAGAAUGCGACGCAGAUCACCUGAAGAAAGAGAGCGGGUGGUCGCAGAAGCAGAAGGCGAGGAGCGUGAAGAGCCACAACUAUCAGUUUUAGUGGCUGCUUUGACAUUGGUCAUCUCCACUGUCUUAAUUGCCUUGAACGCUGAAUAUCUAGUCAACUCGAUUAACGCCAUCAUAUGCGGCGGUGCAAUCUUUAAGAACUUUAUUGGUCUUAUUCUAAUGCCCAUCGUGGGUAAUGCUGCUGAACACGCUACCGUGGUCACUGUGACAGUCAAAGACAAGAUGGACUUAGCUAUUGCUGUUGCGGUCGGCCGUCACAUGCAUGGUCUUCGUUCGAUCUUGCAUCAGUAA